UGGCAUUGAAAUACUACGCCGAUCAAAUCAAUUGCACAACAUUUCAAUUACAACAUAUUUAUUACUUUCCAUCUACUAAUCACAUUGUUACUCACAUCUGUCUUUAGAUGCUUUCUUGCUACUUGCUAAAGUUACCUUUUGGUGUUUCUAAAUUUACAUUAUUUACAGUUGUCAGCAGUGCUUGUCAAAUGAGAAAACAAGCUUAGCUGUGAAAAUGUUUGAAAAUUGCGAUUCUUCCUUGAACGAUCUGCUAGACGUAGAAAUCAGAAUCGAUAGACCUCCAAAAAGAAACAAGAAAGUAUCACCCAAGUUGGAAAAGCGUAGGAAAUUUCCUGGACCCGCAGGAUUUUUACCCGAGAAUUUAGAAGAUGAAUCUCUUCUACACGAAAACAGCUUCCAGGAAGAAAAUGAUGAGAAGGAAGAGGAAAUUGAGGUGGCAAACCAAGUCCACUUCUUGGGGAACACCUGGAAGCAAGUGUCUCAAGAGUUUGGAGUAUUUAUCAACAAAUUUAAUAUAAAUUAUAUAAAAACCAAUCUAUUGCCAAAUGAUAAAAUGCCGUUCUUAGCUGCAAUUGUAGUGCACAGAGAUUCGUUUAAAGGAAAGAUACCAAUAAUUAUGUUGACUUUGAAAGAUUUAACUGGUGAAGUGAAAAGCCUAAUCCACCAUGAAUUAUAUGAGGAAUACGUAAAUGAGUUCGCAGUGGGCAAUGUUGUUGUCUUAAGGGAUUUUUCAGUGCUCAACAUGAGCUAUGGUAGAAGCCAUUGCAUAACAAUAACACGAAACAAUUUGUUAACAAUUUAUUCUUUGAAAGAAAUUUAUUUAAAUCAACCUAAUGAAAUAUUCACGCAAAUGCCAAUGCGAUGUGAAAGAAUAGAUGUACAACAUUUCGAAAGAAGCACUAUCAAUAAUUUAGUCAACAGUAAAAUUAUUAUUGAAGAUUCAAGUACAGUGGAUAGUGUUGGGACUUCAAUGUUGAAAAAAGAAAAUAUAUUUGAAAGUAAUCAGAAUUUAGAUAAUUACGAUAUAGUACAUCGUCAAUUUCAAGCGAAAAAAGCUAAAUUGGAUGAAGUAUUACCAGCAAAAGUGAAACAUAAAGAUUUAAAUGCAGAGUUGGAUGAUGAUCUUCACCUUUUUGAUGAAUUUGAUAAUGAAAUACCAGAGAAAUUAUCCAGUAUUUUAAAGAAAAAACCUAACACAAAACAUCAAGCAACGUGUAGCGCAGAUUUCGAUGAUGAUCUCAAUGAUGAUCCCAAUGAAAUAACAGACAAAUUAACAAGUAUUUUGAAUAAAAAAGAAGCAGUUUUGGAUGGUAAUCUCGAUAUUUUUGAUGAAUUACCUAAUGAAAUACCAAAAGUAGUUCCCAGUAUUGUGAACGAAAUAAGUUAUACCGAGAAUUUGCCUGAUAAAGAGAAUAAUAUGUUAGAUAAUAACAGAAAGGCUGAUGAUGCGCAUAAAGCUAAUUUGAAGAGUAAAUUGAAAUCGUUUCGAUUUCUCGCUAAAGUUAAUACAAAUGAACCAAGAUGUGUUGAAGCUCCGCAGAAGAGUGUUUCUCAAAUUUUUGAAGACACCACCAGUGAAUUGGACUGUUUUUUUAGCGAUUUCUAGAUGAUUCUUUUUUUGUGAUAAUAUAAUUAAUAAAAUGUUCUUUUUAGGUAGAAAAGAAACUUUUUUUUAUACAUUAUUACUAUAGUUACAAGUGCAAUUAAGAAGCAAUAGUUUUCAUUGUAAAUAUGAAUAAUCUUUAAG